AUGUGCAAACACAUUCUCAACGCCCAAGUCGCCAUCCGGUCCCCCUGCUGCCGGAAAUGGUUCGACUGCGCCGAAUGCCACUCCGAACAAGAAACCCACCCCCUCAAGCAAAGCAUGGAAAUGACAUUCGCCUGCAAAAAGUGCAAAAAGGUCUUCCGCAAGGACACAGAGGAGUUCGACGAGAGCGACGAGUACUGCCCGCACUGCGACAACCACUACGUCCUCGAGGCAAAGACACCCAAGGCCGCCCUGACCAUCGAGGGCGAUGACAUUCGGAUGGACAACAGGCUGCUCAAGGACGAGAGGGUCCGGCAGGAAGGUCGGAGGACCAUCUUCGAUCCGACGCCGGAAGCUGACAAGCUUGGCUAA